UUCUUCACUAUUUUCAUUUUUAAGUAGGACAAACGUCAAGUCAACGUCACUUGUUUUAAAUCAAACUGACCGUCUGACCACAGUAUUCAAUUAAAGUUUAUUUCAUUUAGAUUUACCGCACAUCGGAUGUCUCAUGACCCAAAUUGCGGGUCGCAAUUACACCCACGACGUAUAAUCAUGCGAUUACAGUGACUUGACUCAUUUGGUGGCCAAGCCAUUUAUUCAUAUCAGGAGUAAAUUACCAAGGAGGUCAGUAUAUUGAUCUCACAAAGGCCUUAAAUGACUCAUUUUGUUUGUAAAAGUGGAGUUACAUUAAAGCCAUUGCUUCUCAAGCAGUGAUAUUGUGAGGUGCCUUCAGCCUGCUGUGUUUUUGUUUUGAAGAAAUAUACCAUGUCUCGACCCCGGGCCUGGCAGCAACAGGCUCUAGCGGCGCAGCGACGUGACAACGAGCUUCGCCGCGCCGAGGAACUGCAGAAGGUGGCCAACUACUUCGAGAGCAACACCAACAGGUCCCGCCAUCAUGAGCAGUGGACUGCGGAGGGGUAUUAUGUGAAGGCUAAGAAGGAAGCGGAGCUGUUUAGCUCGAAGAAGCUUAGAGCUAUACAACUUGAGGAAAGAAGAAAAAAAUUGGAGCUGAUGUUGUUUCAAGAAAACAUGCAAUUCCAACAAGAAAUGAAGGCUUUGGCUGCAGAGCCCAAGCUUUAUAAAAACGGGUCAUACCUAAACGACGUGCCAACAUCGACCCUAAAGGAAAUCAACCAGGGCAUUAUGGAUAAGGAAGAACAAUUGAGAAGACACGAGGCAGAACUCCGUUUACAUCACGCGUGGCGUCUCCGGCAGCCGGAAUUACGGGCUGCUACGGCGUAUGUCGCCAAUGGGAGGCUGAAAUCUGCGUGGACACAACAAAUUGUGGAGAAGGAGAUAGCAAGAAAGAAGGAGGAAGAGGAGACUCUCAAGAUACUUCAGGAAAGGGACGAGGCGUUGCGUAAGCAGAUAGAGAAGGAAGAAGAGAGACUUAAAGAGAAAGAGAUGCAAAUGAGGGAGCUCCGCGGAAGCUUAGAAGGUCAAAUCGCCGAGCUAAGCGAGAAAGAGACGAUCGUCAAACGCCUACAAAAAGAGGAAGAGAGAGAACUCAUGAUACUCGACAAGCUCAAGUUCAUAUCGAGCGAGCGGGACAGAGAGCACGCGCGGCUGGUGGCAGAGAGGGACGCCACAAUAGUGAAUAUGGGUCUGCAUAAGUAUAAGUUGAAGAAGAAGGUUAUAUCGGUGUUGCAGGAGAUUGAGUUGGAUUUGCAGAUGGUUGAGAAGUUGCAGAAGGCUGUUUUGAAGGAAAUAGAAUCCAACGAAGACAGAAGAUCGAGCUACAAGCGCGUUCUAGACGCAGCACUUCUAGAGCUACACGAGUAUCGCGAGCGAGAGCGACAGAGACAGAAGAAUAUCGACGCCAUGUACGACGGCGAAGCGAGGCAGCUCAGCGAGAAACAAGACAAGCUCUGGGCUAAAGAGCGCGAAGCCCGCGCUCUCCUCAUGAACGAUGUCCUCACUACCCUGAGGAGACAGGUGGAAGAGAAGGUGGAAGCGAAUAGGAUGCAGCAACGAGCCAACGUGAAGGAGAGGGAACAGAUCCUGGAGCAGAUGGAGAGCUUCCACCACGAGGUCAAGACCAGGGAGAGAGACGCUCAGCUAAAGAACGCAGCCUACUCAACGAUAUCAGCUCUCCAAUCUCAACUCAAGGGUCUAAGCGUGCAGAAACAGAAACUAGAAGAAGCGGCAGAGAAGGAGGCAGAACUACGCGAAGCUAGCGCCAACGAGAGGAAACUCAGGACUGAGAUAGCCAGGAUUAACAGGGACAGGACUGAACAGGCCUGGGCGUAAGGUAGAUAAAUUAAUUUAGAUUGGUUAGAAAUUAAUUAUAAU